AUGGUUAUCCGCCUGCGCAGCUUAUCUUAUCACGAUGCUAAUGCACAACGUGAGAGACGAAUCACGAAGACAGCUGUAACUGUAUAUGAGGGCUCAACGGCAAUUGGUUAUUGGCUUUCUGCAUCGGUGUUCAUCCAUGGCUGUACUCGUGGGCCCGUGACUCCACUAAAAGAUUCAAGUGAGACAGUAGUCAUGGCGGCUGCGACUAGUACUCCUACAAAAUUUGAAUACAAGAUUAAUGAUAAGAGUGAAGAAAACACUGCCAACUAUCUGAUAGUGAGACCAGAGAAGGGAGGGAUAUUGGACUUGCUGAGGUACUUGGUGUGGGCUGACAUAGGGAGUGGCGUGAAAUUCUUGGAGAGCUCAGAAGAGGGGAUUAUGGGUAGGGAGGCAGCUGAUAAUAGGUGGAUUAUAUUGGUGUCCAUUAUUGUUAGGAAGAUCAUCUUAUUAUUUGGCAAGCCCAUGGAGUACACUGGUUUUGUGGUUGAUUACUUUCUCAAUCUCCUGUUUCAGAAUGGUGGCAUCACGGGCUUAUUUGUCAACUUUCUCCAAGGAAAGGUGGUGAUACCGCAGAGGGACACGGAGACUUUUGUAAGUACCAUUGGGCAUUUGGAUGGGCGAAUAGACCUAUACAGAGCUAAAAACUUGCUGGAAGAACUAGAUAAUUCUGUUUCCGGCAAGAAGAUUAUCACAGAAGAAACGGGGAACCGCGCUCUUAUGGACCUUUGUAUCAUGGCAUCCAAAUUAGCUUAUGAGAAUGCCAAAGUUGUUCAAAGUAUUGUUUUUCAUCACUGGAAGAUGCAUUUUGUGGACUUCUACAACUGCUGGAAUGAUUUUCAAAAGGAAAUGUCCACCCAAGUGUUUAUGCUAUGUGACAAGCCCAAGGAUGCGAAUUUAAUAUUGAUCAGCUUUCGGGGCACGGAACCUUUUGAUGCUGAUGAUUGGGGUACCGAUUUUGAUUACUCUUGGUAUGAUAUUCCGAAACUGGGAAAAGUUCAUAUGGGGUUCUUAGAAGCAUUAGGCAUGGGCAAUAGAGCUGAUAUUACCACGUUCCAAUAUCACCUUCAGAUGAAGAACACAAAUUUCAGCCAUGGUUAUGAAGGUUCUGGAUCACUAUCAUCAAAUACUAAUUCUGACACGGAACAAAAUGAACGGGACCAUUGUUCUGAGUCUGAGGGGGCUACUGCUAUAGGUCAUAAGUUCCUGCCAGAAAUGGUGAAGAAGACUGCAUACUAUGCUGUGAGAAAGAAGCUCAAGAGCUUACUCAUGGAGCACAAGAAUGCGAAAUUUUUAGUCACUGGGCAUAGCUUAGGUGGGGCACUUGCUAUUUUGUUCCCAACUGUGUUGGUGCUGCACCAACAGAUGGAUGUAAUGAAAAGGUUGCUUGGGGUUUACACAUUUGGGCAGCCAAGGAUUGGGAACUUGCAGCUAGCAAAGUUCAUGGAAGCCCAUUUGGAGUAUCCUGUUCCUAAAUACUUCAGGGUGGUUUACAGCUAUGACGUUGUCCCUAGAUUGCCUUAUGAUGACAAAACCUUCUUGUAUAAACAUUUCGGAGUGUGCCUUUACUACAACAGCCUCUAUAUUGAAAAAAAAGUGGAUGAGGAGCCAGACCCCAACUUCUAUGGGUUGAGAAAUGUUAUUUCUGCCCAUCUGAAUGCUAUAUGGGAGAUAAUAAGAAGUUUCGUAAUCAGCUACACACAUGGGCCAGAGUACAAAGAAAGUUGGUUUAUGGUAUUGGCCAGGAUAAUGGGACUGGCGCUUCCUGGUAUUGCUGCACAUUGCCCCACAGAUUAUGUUAAUUCGGUAAGACUGGGAAAGGAGCAAGUUGUUCAAAUGUCUUCUUUCUGA